GUUCGUGCAGUACUUUACCAAGUACCUACCAGAGUGUGUAUUAUUUUUUGGUCUGCACUUAAAAACCGCAACUUUAUUUUAAAAUGAAUAGCAGUUUAAAGAACUUUUUUGUUGUGUUUAACGUCUUUUAUUUUGUUAACUAUUAAAUUGUGUGUUAGUUGAUUAUUAUUUAUUGUUUUAGUUUUGAUAAAUGAUGAUUAAAGAAAGUGAAAUUGGGUUAAUUUUUAUAACUAGUCGUUAGCCCGUGGAAAAAUCCACUGGUUUGCCCGUCCCUUUUAUACCGCAUUUUGUGCGUGUCGCUACCUGCGCAGCUAAACUACCAUUUCGCGUGAGAGACAGACGGACGGACAGACGUAUACGGGUAUUAUAGAUUAUAUAUUUAUUUAUUUUUAUUGAUAUGUUUUGCAUCUAAAUUUGUUUGUAUGAGUUUAAUGUUAUUCUGUUUGUUUUUAUUUAUUAACUCUGCCGAUGUCUAACCACGCUGCAGUUCGGAGAAAUCGAUACGUAGAUACGUCCAUGCUCCCUUUACCAAUAAUUCGCCACAUAGAUACUGAAUUAAAAUUGGCCUAAACAACAAGGAACGAUGCUUGAGACUGCGAAUUCAACUAAAGGAAGUUUUUACGUUAUAAGCCUUCUAUGGACAAAAACGAGUCUAUUUUAUCAGAAGUCAGUUGUUAGCUACGUAUGGGGGGAAUUUUUGAAAUUUGUCCAUCUUUAUGUAGAAUAUUCUGUCUAAUAUUAAACAAUGCUCUUAAUAUACUAGUAUAUAUACAGGCUUCGUUUUUCUUAGAUCAACUAAAAAAUUUAUCAAAAAAACCAGGUUUACCGAUCACCUCGAUAGUGUAAUCUUUAAAAAAAGUGGUGGCUUUGGAAAAUUUAGUGCACAUUGAAAUUCAUAUAAAGAAUCAGGAAAAAACUAAGGCAACAAGAUCAUGGGAAAAGGCGGGAGCAAGAUACCACCAGAAGAAUUAAGAGAGUUAACAGAACAUACACAUUUUGAUGAAAAAGAACUAAAACGCUGGUACAAUGGUUUUAUUAAAGAUUGUCCAGAUGGUCUGUUAAACAAAGAACAAUUUACCGAGCUUUAUAGUAGCUUCUACGAAUCUGGCAAUGCGAAGAAAUUUGCUGAGCAUGUGUUUCGAACAUUUGAUGUAAACGGGGACGCUUCUAUUGAUUUCAGGGAGUUUAUCUGUUCGCUUUCCGUCACCACAAGAGGAACAGUGGAAGAAAAGCUAGAGUGGGCCUUCAACAUAUACGAUAUAGACGGUAACGGUUACAUUAGCCAAUCAGAAAUGAUUAGCAUCGUAAAAGCGGUACAAAAAAUGGCAGGAGCUGUUGAUGAUUGUAGAUUGUCGAAAUCAAAUGUUUUGAAAAUUUUUAGCAAGAUGGACAAAAAUAAAGAUGGUGAACUUAGCUUGGAAGAGUUUCUUUGCGGUGCUAAGGAAGACGAAACUUUUGUGUACAUGUUACAAGCGUACACUCCAAGAUGAAUAUUUUUAAGAAUAAAAUACAUAAAAAGUUAGCUAUGCAAAAUGAUUAUCACAAAAAUAUCAUGUGAAACUUGAGUUCCAGAGGACGUUUAUUCCGGAAAAAUAAAUUGUUUGUUUUUGUUUGCUUGUUCCUGUUUGUUUGUUCGUUUGUUUGUUUGUUUGUUUGCUCGUUGUUUGUUUGUCUGUUUGUUUAUUUUUGUAAAUAUUAUUGUUAUUGAUAAAACAAUUAUUUUGAAUA